AUGGCCUCCAAAUGCACCAACUGCAACAAGUCGGCGCUCGAGGUCGGUCUGAAGCAUUGUGCCAAAUGCUCCGUGUCCCUGUACUGCUCAAGGACUUGCCAGAGGGCAGACUGGAAGACCCGUAAGAAAAUUUGUGGCAAGCAAGCGGACGGACCAUCAGACUCCAGACUCAGGAUUGUGCGUGCAACAGACCUGUCGCCUCCCAAGGGCCUCGAGAGCGGCGUCCCCGACCCCUUCACUCGUCUGGACAAGGGCACCUGGCUGCACGACCGACCAGAGAAGGACGUCUUCCGACUACUCAUUGAUGCUUACCGUCUGCGUGUUGAGGACACUUACAACAUGGAUGGCGAAGUGGAAGCGGACAGUAUCUACGACGGCAAGUCGGACGGGUUGCAGAGCUUCAAGCGCUUCCUGGGCCGCGUGGCCGCUAGAGCGGGUAUGUUGCCGCCAUGGUGGAACGACGACAAGCAAGCGAACUGCGAGGUACUCGGCAUGACGCGAGGACAGUGGCACGACCUGGGCUGCGCCAUCACAAAGGGCGACAUCAUCGACUAUUUCGACGACCUCCGGUUCCCGAUGCAGCUUCGCAUGUUUGCGGAAGCGGCAUACGGCAGGGGACCCGGCGGGGCGAACGGCACGGAGACGAGGCAGAUGAUGAUGGCGGUUGAGCAGGGCAGGGGAGUAGGCAUGGUUGCGUCGACGCUGGACUUCGUGUCCAUUUUUGGCGGCCGCUGA